UUCCCCAUUUUCUUGAUGUGGAAAACACCGGCAAAUAAAGUCCUUAAGGCUCGUUUUGGAGUGUUAGGAAGCACGCACACUUCCUCAGCCUGGGGAACACAAGGAGUGAGCUCCAUCGAUCCUGUGCAGCUGGGCAGGAGCUGGGAAGGGGGCCAGGGGAAGGCAACGCCUGCCAUGAGCUCGUCGGCGCUGCUGGCUGAGGGCCCCCUUGACCCACCCGUGCUGCUUGCCGACAUCAAGACCGAGCCCCCCGAGGAGCUCCUGGCCAGUGAUUGUGGCCAGCCCCAAGCCGAGCCCGUCGAUCUCUCCCUCAACAAGUCCAAGACGGCCGCAGCCCCGGCCCCUCCGCCACCGCCCCCCACCUCGGUCCAGUCCUCUCCAUUGCUGGUGGCUCCCCCGCUCCCCACACCUGCUGCCGUCUCCAUCGCGCCCUCUGGCCUCAGCUCCACCUCGGCCAUCCCGGCUGUCCUCUCGCCCGGCUCCAUCCUGGCCUCCACGCAGGGCAGUGGUGGGCAGCAGAUCCUCCACGUCAUCCACACCAUCCCCUCCGUCAACCUGCCCAGCAAGAUGGGCAACCUCCAGACCAUCCCUGUGGUGGUCCAGUCCCUCCCUGUUGUCUACACCACCAUGCCCACCGACGGCGUCACCGCCAUCACUGUACCCCUCAUCGGCGGGGACGGCAAGAAUGCCGGGUCUGCUUUUCUUUCCCGCCCCCCACCAGUGAAGAUUGACCCGGGCUCCAUGUACCCCAUGGCCAUGAGCAGUGACAGUGAGGACAGUGCCUCCGAGAGUGGCCCAGCCCCUUUCCAGGACCUUCAGAGAGACAGGCCAGCGGCACGGGGACAGCGAGCCGAAUCCCCCGACCUGAAGAAGCGUCGCAUCCACCAGUGCGACUUUGAAGGCUGCAAUAAGGUCUACACCAAAAGCUCCCACCUCAAAGCUCACCGGCGGAUACACACGGGUGAGAAGCCCUACAAAUGCACCUGGGAAGGCUGCACCUGGAAGUUCGCCCGCUCGGAUGAGCUGACCCGGCAUUUCCGCAAGCACACGGGCAUCAAGCCCUUCCGCUGCUCAGACUGCGACCGCAGCUUCUCCCGCUCCGACCACCUGGCCCUUCACCGCCGGCGGCACAUCAUGAUGUGAGGAGCUGAGGUGUCCAGCUGGGAUGGGGGGGACAGUGGAAAACAGAGGUGCAUCCCUCCCUGCUCCUCCCUGCGUGGUGGAAGGACAGUGGGAGCGGAGAGGCUGAGCUUUGCCUGGCAGCGAGUGACCUGAGCCCCACCGGUGCAAGAUGUAAAAAAGAUGGUUUCUGGACUGGUCCUCCUUCUCCCUUGCUCCUAUUUCUUGUUUUUUUCCUGGGCUUCUCCUCCCCACUCGCAACAUCCAGAGGCUUCUCCUUCACUCCUCACCCAGGAUCCAUCCAGCAGCGGCCUCCAGACCUGCACAUCUGCCUCUUCAGCCUCCAUCUCCUGUGCUCGCUGUCCCCUGCCCCAUCCCAGUUGGCAAAAUGUGGGGCUGUGGCAAGGCCAGAGACGGGGGGGGCUCUGCCACCACCCCCUGCAGUAGCUGCCAGCCUCUUCCCUCUCCGGAGAGCCUCUGUGCCUCAUCCCCAGCCUGUCCUGUCUCUGCAGGAGAAGGGACCCUGGCACAUCACCUGCCUCGGUGUGGGAGGUGCUGGGGGCAUGCAGGAAGGCCAAGAAGAGAUGAAAAAGACAGGAGGAGGAGGGGGAAAACCCAGCAACCCAACAGCAUCCCCCGAACAAGACCACCACCACCCAGAAAAGGGAAACUUUGCGGAACGUGGAACUGUGAUUUUAUGAAAUUUUAAGGGAGAGGGGAGACCUGGGGGGGUUGGGG